AUGGAGGAAGCCGGGGAGGAGAGAAAGGAACAAUGGAGGAAGUCGGAGAGGAGAGGACGUAAGGAGGAGGGGGGAAGGAACAAUGGAGGAAGCCGGGGAGGAAAGGAAGGAGGGGAGGGAGGAGAGAGAAAAGAACAAUGGAGGAAGGAGGGGAGGAUAGGAAGGAAGGAGGGGAGGGAGAGAGAGAGAGAGAAAGGAACACUGGAGGAAGGAGGGAAGGAGAGAAAGGAAGGAGGGGGAGGAACAAUGAAGGAAGCCGGGGAGGAGAUAAAGGAAGGAGAUACGAUUACAUCCAUUCAGACAUCCUUGGAAAGUUUAGAGGUAGAUGGACAGGAGAGAAAGGAAGAAUGGAGGAAGACGGGGAGAAGGGGACGGAAGGAGGGGAGGGGGAGAGAGAGAAAGGAAGAAUGGAGGAAGCCGGGGAGGAGGGGACGUAAGGAGGAGGGGGGAAGUAACAAUGGAGGAAGCCGGGGAGGAGGGGACGUAAGGAGGAGGUGGGAAGUAACAAUGGAGGAAGCCGGGAAGGAGGGGACGGAAGGAGUGGAGGGGGAGAGAGAGAAAGGAAGAAUGGAUGAAGCUGGGGAGGAGGGGAAGUAA